CGGACACGUGUGCCGCCAUCUUAUUCUUCUUGGUUGUGCUGGUCAUACUUUAUUUAGUAAAAUUAUGGCCGAGUCCAAAUUUUUCGCCGCGGGAAGUUCGGAAAGCGAGUCCUCUGACAGUGGAGAUGAACAGCCAGCAGUUUCGAAACCAGCCACUAUAACUACUAAAUCUUUUAUGUUCAGCGAUGAUGAGGAGGAAACUAAGAGAGUUGUGCGAAGCCAGAAAGAUAAAAGGUUUGAGGAGCUCACCAACUCUAUUAAACAGCUUAAGAAUCACAAGAAAAUCAAGGAUAUUUCCAAAGUUCUUACUGAAUUUGAGAAUCUUGGAAAAGCUUUCUCCAAAGCAAAAGCUGUUGUUGAUAAAGAAGGAAUCCCACAGUUCUAUAUCCGCUCUUUAACCGAGUUGGAAGACUUUGUCAAAGAGAACUGGGAAGACACAGAGGGCCGCAAGAAGCUUUCCAAAGUCAAUGCUCGAGCUUUGGCUACUCUGCGGCAAAAAUUGAGGAAAUACAAUAAAGAUUUUGAAGAGGAUAUUUUGAAAUACAGAGAGAACCCUGUGCCCUCUGGUGAAUCCGACCAGGAAGAAUCAGGUUCAGAAGAUGAGGAUGAUGAUGAUGAUGAUGAUCGUAAUGAUUUCCAUGGGGUAGAAGAUUUUACCAAAAAGAAAGUUUUAGUGGAAAAGAGCAAGCCUCCAAAGACAACAGAUGCUGGAUAUGACGAAAAUGAUGAUGAUGAUGAUGACAGCAUUGAUUGGGAUAGCAGUGAAGAUGAGUCAUCUUCAAGUGACAGUGAUAUUGGUGGAGAGGGAGGCCCAAUGCAAUACAGACUCAGCAUGUUUCUGAAGAAAGAUAAGGGCCCGGAUGAAAAAGGAAAACACAAGAAGAAAACUAAAGAGAAAAAGACAACUAAGUUGAAGUCUAAAGAAGGUAUAGAUGAUGGUGGAGGUUGGACUGAAGUGAAAGGAUCAUCUUUGUCAGCUUCGGACAAGGCAAAGCAACUAUUCCCAAAGGACACUGAAAUCACUCAUGCUGUGGUGUUGAAGAAGUUGCAUGAGAUACUUUCUGCUCGAGGCAAAAAGGGCACAGACCGUACAGAUCAGAUUGAAUUCCUCAAACAGUUGAGAGUGAUUUCAGACAAUGCUAAAUUAGGUGCUGGUAUGACAGUGAAGCUCCUUUUUAACAUCAUCUCUUCUAUCUUUGACUACAAUCCUAAUGUGGCUACCUGUAUGAAACCAGAGAUGUGGCAGGAGUGUUUGAAGCAGAUUUCAGAAUUGUUAGAUAUCCUCAUCAACAAUCAAGAUACAUUAACAAUUGGAGAGAAUCUCUCUGAAGAAUCAGAGAAUGUAGAGGAUUUGACUCAAAACCUUAAAGUGCGAGGCUGUCCUCUGGUCACUAUUGAACGUAUGGAUGAUGAGUUCACAAAGAUGCUUCAAGGGUGUGAUUGUCACUCCACUGAAUAUGUAGCAAGACUUAGAGACGAAGAAGCAGUGUGUGAGUUGAUCACCAAGUUACAAGGUUAUCUGGAGGUGAAUGGCUCAAGACCAGAGAUCUGCAGAGUGUACUUACGACACAUUGAACAUCUUUACUAUAAGGUUAAGUCUGAGCAGAAGAGUGAAGAUGCAAACAAGAAUACUGAGGUGGAGACAUCUACAGACGAGAAUACAGAAACACCCAUAGAAAAACCGAAGACUAAGGAAGCAAGCUCAAAAGUAUCUAUUGAUGACAUGUGCAAGUUCAUCUAUUCACGAGAUACAUCAGACCGCAUCCGAACCAGAGCAAUGCUCUGUCAUGUGUAUCAUCAUGCCUUAAAUGAUCGUUGGUUUGAGGCUCGUGAUCUGAUGCUGAUGUCACAUUUACAAGAGUCCAUCCAACAUUCUGACAUUCCCACACAGAUUCUUUACAACAGAACCAUGGUACAGCUUGGCCUGUGUGCUUUUAGGCAUGGUAUGAUUAAAGAUGCACACAAUGCAUUGCAUGAUGUACAGUCAAGUGGAAGAGCCAAGGAACUUCUUGCCCAAGGACUAAUGCAACAGAGACAGUUUGAAAGAACCCCCGAACAGGAAAAGAUUGAGAAGAGAAGACAGGUGCCAUUUCACAUGCACAUCAAUCUUGAGCUGUUGGAGUGUGUUUAUUUAACCUCAGCAAUGUUGAUGGAAAUACCAUGGAUGGCUGCUCAUGCAUAUGAUUACAGGCCCCGCAUUUUUAGCAAGAGUUUUCACUAUCAGUUACGCCAGAGCGAAAAGCAAACAUUAGUAGGUCCCCCAGAGAGCAUGCGGGAACAUGUUGUGGCUGCUUCCAAAGCAAUGAAGAAAGGAGAUUGGAGGCAGUGUAGGGACUACAUUCUAGCUGUUAAGGUAUGGAAGCUAUUCCGCCAGCCAGAACAAGUACAAGAAAUGUUAUCAAGGAAAAUUCAAGAGGAAAGCUUAAGAACAUAUUUGUUUACCUACAACAGUGUGUAUGACUCACUGAGUCUGCACUUAUUAGCUGAGAUGUUUGAUUUGCCUCCAUCUGUGGUGCACAGUACCAUCAGUAAAAUGAUCAUCAACGAAGAGUUGCAGGCCUCUUGGGAUGAACCUACUCAGACAGUUGUAAUGCACCGAGGAGCAGAACCUUCCCUUCUCCAGAACCUUGCCCUACAAUUGGCAGAUAAGGUCAGCAAUUUGGUGGAAAAUAACGAACGUAUUUACGACACAAGGCAUGGAGGAUUUGUUCAGUUCAAGGAUAGGCAAGGUCAAGGACGCUAUCGUAGACAGAAUCAGCAACAUUAUGAUCGUCAAGACAGGUCUGAUAAACAAGACAGACAGGAUCGGCACAAUUGGCAAGAAAGACAUGGGCGACAGUAUGACCGGGAUAGAUCUUACCAGCAGCAACAGGCACAAACAACUUACUGAUACUUCAAUUAUCUGCAUCAUUUUACCAAAUAUGACAUUGGCAAUUGUUUUGUCUUGUCUGUAGUUCAAGGAGGUAUUUUAAAUCUUCAUAAAAGAUGUGAGAAGGAACACUUAAGAACUCGGUACUAAUGUGAAAUUAUGUAGGCUACACAACGAUUUGAUUGGUGUAACCGCUGGAAGCAAACGUUAAGAAAACGUGUCAGGAAACCUCAUAGAAGUGAUUAAAAAUUAAAGUAUGAGAGAGAGUGCAA